UAACGACCCCUCCAUCCGGGAUCAGACAACAGCAAUAGUCAGGACGGGUGACGGGGGAUGGUGACGAGACCAGCGACAUCAGACACGUGACCACAGCAACCACUAUAAGAGCCAGCGGCUGUUCGUCUGUCAGACACCCGGAGACCUGCACUCACUGACGGUCACCAGACUUUGCAGAAAACUGACUUUCACGCUCAACGAUUCCUUGAAGAAACAGCGUUCACAUCGUGGCAUUCACCAGCUCACAGUUACUUUGAUGUCAAGUGUAUAAAACUAAAAUAACAACACUUUGCCGGCUCCUCAGACCUGCACUUUGACCUUUCGAAGCCUGGAGCACGUGGAGUCCACCCACAGAGUGACGGCACCGCACAUCCACAGGGUACAUUGUUCAUCUACAGACAUGUUCUACGGACAGAAGGCAGAGCGCAUCCACAGACGUACAAUGGGCGGCGGUUGCCAUCAGGUGGUGGUGGCGGUGCUGCUGGUGGUCGUCAUGGCUGCGGUGACGGAGGGACACGGGCGAGUGUGGGAACCUCCGCAACGAGCAACCAUGUGGCGUCGCGGGUUCGACACCACCAGAGACUACAACGACAACUCGCUGUACUGCGGUGGAUUUAAGACCAUUGCUGCUGUUGUUACAGUAUCAUCAACAGUGGACCGUCAAUGGGGGGAGUGCGGAGUGUGUGGCGACGCCUACGACUUGCCCUCCCCUCGGCCUCACGAGGCUGGAGGUCUGUACUCCACAGGCGUCAUCAGCCGCACCUACACCCAGGCUGACGUCAUCAACGUGACCGUUGACAUCACGGCCAAUCACAUGGGCUACUUCACCUUCAAACUUUGUCCAAACAAUAAUUUCGAGAAAGAGGCCACCCAGACAUGUCUCGAUUCUUUCGUGCUGCAGGUGGUGGAUGCGAGCGGACAGGUGUCGGGGGAGCGGCACUACAUCGACAACACUGUGGGCUUCAAGCACGUGAGGCUGCAGCUGCCGGAGGAUGUGACGUGCACUCAGUGUGUGCUGCAGUGGACGUACAACACAGGCAAUAGCUGGGGAUGCGGUGACAAUGGAUGUUGCAUUGGCUGUGGACCACAGGAGCAGUUUGUGAACUGCGUGGACAUCGCCAUCACUGCUAGAGGCGACAGUGGAUCCAACAUCCACACUACAACUGACAGCACAGUGACUCAAGCGGCGUCCACAGUGACGAACACGAAAGCAAGCAGUAAGUACAGCAGGAGGACCGUCUCCAGAACAUCAACCACCACCGCCGCCACGUCAACCUCCCCAGACACCAGCACCGGGUGCAGGGGUGCAUGGGAGUGGGCAGAUGACGACAUCAUGAGGGAAUGGUGCAGCGACAACUGCAGGAAGGGAUACUGUCCACCGUCCCACUGCAUCUGCAACUGAGAGCGUGCGGUCACGUGACGUCUGCUUCCUCCUCUGGCGACAUUGUGACGGAGCUUCUUCCUUCUGUUCAGUGUGCAUAAUACACCUCCAUUGCUCCCCGUAUCACGUGACUUCUCUACACCUACAGCUUGCUGUACACAACACAAACACUAAUUAAUCUGAAUUACCGAUGCCCAUGGCCCACACCUGUCCAAUCAUUGACUAGUUCCACAAUUUUACUUCGGCCAUCCAGGUGUGAACAAUCAGCAGCCGCACAGUUGACUGUUGCCCUUCCUGUGCUAGCAACACCUGUACAGACAUGACCUGUGUUAGCAACACCUGUACAGACAUGACCUGUGUUAGCAACACCUGUACAGACAUGACCUGUGCUAGCAACACCUGUACAGACAUGACCUCAUCCUAGUAUUUGAUACUUGUGCAGUUGAUGAUGAUGAUGAUGAUGUAGUUUUAUAACGCGCUAGUAUCCGCAUCACAAAGAUGCGCUCAAUGCGCGGUGAUCCCAGCAGCCACCAAACUGCAGGUCAAAUGAAAACUUCAAA